GGCUCCACAGAAUCUCGCGAUCUUUCAAAGAAAACGAGAUUCGUCCCCAUUUGCGACGUCGCUGCAGUCCCGUCGCUCAGAAGAAGAAGAAGGCAGCAACGCGAGCGCGAGAGCGAUCAUGGCCGCGGAUCCGAGCGCCGCGGCGGGCGGAGUCUCCGAGGGCGAGGCCGCGGCCUUCUACCGCGCCGCGCCGCCGCUCCGCGACCGGGGCCGCGUCGCCGGGGACAUCGCCGGCUUCGUCGCCCGCUACUCCAAGAGCGCCGCCGGGAGCGGAGGGGGAGGGCUCGCCGGGGUGGUCUGCGUCACCUCCGGCGGCACGACGGUGCCCCUCGAGCAGCGCUGCGUCCGCUACAUCGACAAUUUCAGCUCCGGCCAGCGAGGUGCCGCGUCCACCGAGUACUUUCUCCAAGCUGGAUACGCUGUCAUCUUCAUCUAUCGUCGUGGGAGCAAGCAACCUUACUGUAGAUUUCUUCCGGAGGAUUCCUUUCUUGAUUUAUUCGAGCUUGGUGAAGAAUCAGAUAUCCAAGUCCCAGAAUCUCAUGCCACGGUUGUCAAGGCAGCGAUAAGCAAUUAUCGGAAGGCAAUUGAUGAAGGCCUAUUGUUGAAACUUCCUUUCACCACUAUCUUUGAGUACCUUCAGCUAUUGCAAAUGGUAGCCGAAGCGAUGAAUUGCUUGGGACGCCAAGGAAUGUUUUACCUUGCUGCAGCAGUUUCUGACUUUUAUGUUCCAUGGGAAAGCAUGGCUAAACAUAAAAUCGAGUCAGCAAGUGGCCCUUUGAACAUGCAACUCAAUCAAGUUCCAAAGAUGCUUUUCAUUCUGAGAAAACAAUGGGCUCCUUCAGCAUUUUGUGUAUCCUUCAAGCUUGAGACGGACCCAGAUAUCCUUCUGGAGAAGGCAGAGGCGGCUUUGAGAAAGUAUGGUAUGAACGUCGUGGUUGCCAACGAGCUAGCGAACUACAAAGAUGUAGUUGUGAUGGUCACAAGCAAUGGGAGGACAACGGUGCGAAGGCCUAGCAAAGAGGAUGACGUCGAAGAACAGUUAAUUGAUCUCCUGGUAAAGAUGCACUCUGAACACAUUGUGCAGCUCAAUCAAGAUCAUCAGACAUGCGCAACCUGAGAUAAUAACUAUACCAAACCGAACCCGAGUAUCAGAAUUCCUUGGUGGCACAUAAUCCAAACUUGUUACAGGAUGUUACAAGCCAUGAGCUGAACUAUAGAAUAGCAUGUCAUGU